GGUGCACCUAUUGCCCCUUUGAAGGCGCGUGCAGUCUGAUCGAAGUGCCCUGGAGGGGAACGAAGGAGGGCCGGUGGUGCGAGAUCAUGUGAGAGUGCACGCGCUGAAAAGCGGGUUAGAGAGAGAAAGAAAGAGAGAGAGAGAACCCACACACACAAGCGCGCGCACAGAGAGAGAGAGAGAGAGAGAGAGACCGCAGGGGGAAACAAGUAACGAUCUGAGGAUUGGAACGGAAAUGAGCUCCAGCCUUUGAUCGCAUGUUUGUGUUGUUUUUUUUCCCUCCCCCUCCUGCGGCGCGCGCGCGACUCUCCCGGUGAACUUGAUGCGGUUCGGUUGUUUUAACGGCUUUAACGGCUCUGAGCGGAGCUUCACGCCUUUCAGCCCAUUCCUCCUGAAUCCAUCAGCGUUCACAUGUCCUGGAGUUUACAUCAUUAUUUACAAUUAAUAUAAAAUAUCCUUUAAAACAGAAAUCAUCAUGAGAGCUCAAAUCGAGGUGAUCCCCUGUAAGAUCUGUGGGGAUAAAUCAUCAGGGAUCCACUAUGGAGUGAUCACAUGUGAAGGAUGUAAGGGUUUUUUCCGGCGCAGUCAACAGAAUAACGCCAUGUACUCGUGUUCUCGGCAGAGGAACUGCGUGAUUGACCGGACAAACAGGAACCGGUGUCAGCACUGUCGGCUGCAGAAAUGCCUGACGCUCGGAAUGAGCCGCGACGCGGUGAAGUUUGGCCGCAUGUCUAAGAAGCAGCGGGACAGCCUGUACGCCGAGGUGCAGAAACAUCAGCAGGGUCAGGAGCAUGUCAGCAGCGUCGUGUCCUCGGACGGAGUCAGGGAGGAACCCGGAGAGAACAGCCACGACGGACACACGCGAACCUGCAGCCGCAGCUCCAGCACGGCCCUCAGCGACCUCGACGACCUCGGAGGCCUGCUGUUUGACCUGCCCCUGACCCCGGAGGAUGAGUACUGCGGCCUGGAGCUGAAGGGCAACAACAGGACGAGCGGAGAAGGGAGCAGCGGCGGGAGCAACUCGUCCUCACACAGCUCUGUGGAGUUAAAACACGAAUACCAGCUUCUUCAUAUGUACUCGCCGCGCAAUGACGGGCUCUCACUGCUCGAGACAGAACAUCUCACCCAGAGUGUGGUGAAGUCACAUGCAGAGACGAGUCAGUACACUACAGAGGAACUGAAACGGCUCGCGUGGAACCUGUACACAGCUGAGGAGACUCGCAUGUACCAGAACAAGCCAAUGGAGGUGAUGUGGCAGCAGUGUGUGGCGCAACUCACUAACGCCAUCCAGUACGUGGUGGAGUUCGCAAAGCGCAUCUCAGGCUUCAUGGAGCUGUGUCAGAACGACCAGAUCGUCUUGCUCAAAGCAGGAUGUCUGAGCGUGUUGCUGAUUCAGAUGUGUCGAGCCUACAACCCUGUGAACCACACGCUGCUCUUCGAUGGCAAGUUCGCAAGUGUUCAGAUCUUCAAAGCUCUCGGCUGUGAUGAUCUGGUGAACGCAGUGUUUGAACUCGCGAGAUCGAUCAGCCGUCUGCAGCUGACAGAAGAAGAAAUGGCCCUGUUCAGCGCCGCCAUCCUGUUCUCCCCAGAUUGGCCCUGGCUUACAGACAGACAGCAGGUUCAGAGUCUGCAGGAGAAAGUUUAUCAGGCGCUGCAGCACUGUCUGAACAGAGAGGGCGCCAACGAGCACAAACUCAACAAGAUGCUGGCGAAACUUCCUGUGAUCAAGUCCAUCUGCAACCUCCACAUAGACAAGCUGGAGUUUUUCCGCCUGCUCCACCCAGAAACGGCCUACAACUUCCCCCCGCUGUAUCGGGAGGUCUUCGGUAGCGAGAGCUUCUUCCCCGACUCCACCAGGAACUAGACGACGCCCGAGUGUCACUCAAACUGGUGCUUAAGAGUGAACGUUCAAGAUGACGAAAGAGACGUAGAGAUGAAACAAAGGUCAAUGUGAAGCACCAUGAACAGACCAGCAGCUCACUGACAAUCCUGCACACAACACCACUUCUUCUGGACUCUGAAUCUCAUCCCUUUUCUCUGAGCUCCUUCCCUAACAGGUGUUUGACAGUGCAGCCCAAAUAAAACACCAACUGGGUUUUUAAA